AUGGAGACGAAUAGGCCUAUCAAAGUUUCACAGAGGCUCAAUUCACUAGAGAUUGGAACACAGGACCUCUUGCAUAUCAGCCGAGCACCUUAUCCACUACACCACAAACACCGAUGGCUAGACAUCGUAUCGUUGUGGCACCAUGGUUCGUUAACAACGAAGUGCUCCAUAGAGACAGUCGAACCCCAACGGUCAAAGAAGAAAUUUCAAGAUUGGCCAGAAUGUGACAUCAACUUUCUCCAGGGGAAGUACUCGAUAAUUCACCCAAAGUUCUGUGACCGUUUCUUCGCCUGUCAGAAUGGUGUUCCUUAUUUAAUGCAGUGUGAGGAUGGAUUUGGCUAUUUACCUUUUCGGGGCUGCAAGCUCUUACAUCUUGUCGACUGUACUGGUCGACCUCAACUGCAGAGGCCGAGAGGUAAUGCCCAAUGUCCUCGGCUCUAUGGGAUCUUCAACGACCCCCGUGGAUGCGGCAGAUUUUUCAAAUGCGUCAACGGAACUGCAGUAGAGGACAGAUGUGCGUCUUCACUCAUGUUCGAUGAUGUCAACAAAUUCUGCCGAGAUGCGACGAGGGAAGAAGCAGAGGCUUGUAGGGAACCUGCGUUGAUAGGCUGCACUUCAGAUAACACCAAUUGCUCUUGGUUCAACUGCCCAAUUGCAGAUGUUUUACCAUUCGGAGACCAUUCCCGGCACCCGUACCCCGGCAACUGCCACAGGUUCAUCAUGUGUCUGAAAGAUGGAAGUGUAAAAGUCGGAGGCUGUGAGGCCGGGAAAGCUUACAACCCGGUUUCAAGCACUUGUGAGCCGGAGAAUACUGUGCAAUGUUGAUCAUAUGUCCAUAAAUUAUAAAUACACCUGUAUAAGUUUACUUACGCUCAAGAAUAACAAAAUAUUUAUUGAUUCUUAUAACAACAGUGCAAUACUUUCCUGAAAUGGCGAUGAAGUAAUUUACCCGAGUACGAAUCAUAGGAUGGUGAGAUAGCUUAACGUAGGUUUGUUAUUUAAACUGGUUUUUAGUACGGUGCAAUUAGCCAAAAAGAUGGACUAACCUCAACAUCAAAAGUGAAAGCAAACGUUUGACUUCAAACUACACUAGACCCCCACUUAACUGACCUUGCAUUAACCGAUAAUCAGAUUAUCCGCCCAAGCUUUGAGGGCAGUUUGAUUUAACCGCUGAUUUGGAAUCUUGGCAUUUCCUCUCCCUUGCUCAGCGAUGGGAACAAUACGCUAAACUCUACAGCAGAACGUUACCAAGAAUAAGUUGUUUUGUAUUUCCUAAUUAACAUCCUGUCUCCAAACGAAAUGGUGGUUUGUAUAUUUAAUUUCAAUAAUAAGUUCUCUACUGUUUUACAAUUAAUUUGGAAAGCAACAAUUAAAUAUUACUAUGUACCGGUAUUAAAAUAAUAAUUUAAAUUGACUUGACUCUUGCUUACGACUAUAAUUUAUUCCACUAAAAGUAUUUGACUUAACUGUGGUUUGGGUUUAUUUCUGACUUUUCUAUUGCCAAGACUUACGAUAAAGGAGAAAGUGUGAUUUAUUUUUUACAUAAUGCAUGGACAACUCCCAAAUAAUGGUUAUAUGAAUAAUUCCAAAUAAAUAACACUUGAUUUUUAUUUUUAUUUUAGGGAUUUCCCUUUUUAACUGACCUUUUGAGUUAUCAGAACUAGGUCCAGUCCCGGCUGGGUUGGUUAAGUAGGGUUGGUCUCCUGUAUUUAGUAUAGUCCUUGUAAUCCAUGGUAAAAUUUUACACCGUUCUAAGCGACGGGUUUACACAUUUUUCAACUUCCCCAUACUUGACAAAAAUUGUGUAAUUUUUUACCAUACAUUACGGGGACUAUAUUGAAUAGUUUUUGGAGUCAAAAGUUGCCUUUCACUUUGGAUGUUGAGGUUUAGGUCUAAUUGAACCAUACUAUUACUUAAGUUUAUUAAGUUUGUUUUCUCUAUAUCCAAUAAUUAUAAAUCUUUGUAUGAACACUGAACA